AUGCCUGACUUGGAGGCUAACCCUCCCACAUAUAUCCCCAACAACCAUCAUCAUGACUCCAAACCCAGAGUUAGUGACAACGAUGAUGAAGAGAGUCACGCCCAUGCGUCCAAACACACAUCCGCAUUCAAAAAGCUCGGCAUUCUUGAUCGCUUCCUCGCUGUGUGGAUAUUCCUGGCCAUGGCAAUAGGAAUCAUUCUUGGGAACUUCGUCCCCAGUACAGGUCCGGCGCUACAGAGGGGAAAGUUUGUUGGCGUAUCCAUACCGAUUGCCGUCGGCCUGUUGGUGAUGAUGUACCCGAUCCUAUGCAAAGUGCGAUAUGAGACUCUGCACCGAACAUUCCGUGCCAAGAAGCUUUGGAUCCAGGUUGCUUUUAGCGUGGUGAUGAAUUGGAUCGUGGCUCCUUUCUUCAUGCUGGGCCUGUCGUGGGCGUUUCUUCCUGAUGAAAAGGGACUAAGAGAAGGUUUGAUAAUAGUGGGAAUUGCCCGAUGCAUUGCAAUGGUUCUCAUCUGGACAGGUCUUGCCGGUGGAGAUGGAGAGUACUGCGCGAUCCUCGUGGCGAUCAACUCUGUCUUGCAAAUGGUGCUCUUUGCACCUAUGGCCAUCUUCUUCAUCCAAGUCAUAAGCGAUGGGGACAUCUCAGGGUUGCAGUAUUCCUUAGUGGCCAAGAGUGUCGGGGUCUUUCUUGGGAUUCCACUCGGCGCCGCCAUGGUGACUCGAUUCGGGUUGCGUGGCUUGGCAGGUGAGAAAUGGUAUCAAGAAAAGUUUCUGAAAUGGAUCAGUCCACUGUCUCUGAUCGGCCUGCUAUUCACAAUUCUGAUCUUGUUUGCCUCGCAAGGUCGGCAUGUGGUGCAUCAGAUUGUCUCCGUGGUUCGAGUUGCUGCCCCGUUGAUCGUUUAUUUUGCUGUGAUCUUUUUGGCGACGCUGCUGGUGACCCGGCGACUUGGCUUUGGGUACGAGCUUUCCUGUACCCAGAGCUUCACCGCUGCGAGUAACAACUUUGAGUUGGCUAUUGCGGUCGCCAUCGCUGUCUUCGGAGUGGAUAGCGACCAGGCUUUGGCGGCCACUGUUGGGCCCCUGGUCGAAGUGCCCGUGUUGUUGGGGUUGGUGUAUGUAGUCAAGUGGUUUAGCAAGCGACAUGAUUGGUAG